GUCAUUUUACAGCAUGGUUUGAAUCUUAACCACCUCCUUGCUAAUAGUUCCUCAAAUCAUUCAUACAUAUAUACAUAACAACGUAUCAUAUUCAUAUCCCCUCCAAUUAUCUCUCUCUCUCUCAACUUUUCUCUCUCUACAAAGUUUUUCAGUCUUCUUCUAGCAACUCUUUAAAACCCUACCCCUCUCUCUCCAGCACUCAUUUCUCUCUUCUGAGAGGGAAAAAGAAAAUCCCUUCCAGCAGUAGAAAUCUUGCUGGAAUUUUGAUUCUUGUAGCAAGCAAACGCACGCUCUUGCCCCAUGGAUACGUACGAGGCUACCAAAAUAGUGAUGUCAAGGAUCCAAAACUUGGAUCCGGAAAACGCUUCAAGAAUCAUGGGUUAUAUACUGAUACAAGACCAGGGGGAGAAGGAGAUGAUAAGAUUAGCUUUUAGCCCGGAAGCCCAUCUCCUCUCUUACAUCAACCAAGCAAAGGCGGGUUUGGGUCUUCUUCCUUCGAGUAGCCCUUCUUCCAACCCUUCAACUCCUCUUUCCUACCCCAUUAGGCCAAACAGUUCUUUCCCCCCAAAUUCACCAAGAAUCAUGAUUCCCAACAAUGGCUUCCAUUUAAGCAACCCGCCUUCACCCGCCGCCCCUUUCCAGAGAAGCAGUCCCAGGCCAAUUUCGUAUGCCGCCGUCCUCGACGGUUCCGUUACUAAUAAUGGCAGUAACAAUGGUUCGGGUUCGCCAAGUUUGCAUUUUUAUGGCGGUAAUGAUGACUACUUGAGUGGUGGGGUGCACCAUCAAGUUCAGGAACAGUUGCCGUUUCUUGAUGACUCAGUGGUGGAUCCGAUAAUGAGCCCGAGUGGGAGGAGCGAUUCCUUGGUCUUCCCUUACGGGGAGGAUGCGAACGGUGUCCCUUCUCCUCAUCCCCACCCGUUUCACAGGCGGAGUUGCUCCGUGAAUGAUGCUGCAUUUCUGUCUAAUCUCGAAGAUGGGGGAGGGAAUGGGUUUCUGUGGCGGCCUUGCAUGUACUUUGCAAGAGGGUUUUGCAAGAACGGGAGUACUUGCAAGUUCUUGCACAGUGAUGUUGACUCGAUUGAUGUCGGGUCCCCCAGCAAGACUGGUUCCGGGUUUGAUGAGUUGCUGAGGAUGAAGGCUCUCCAGAACCAGAGGUUCGCGUUCAUGGCUUCUGGAGGUCACCAUCCUUUUGCUUACAACAAGUGCAUGGAUAUCCUGAACGAGAAUCCGAGGGGUGACUUGUCACCAAUGGGAUAUGGUGCUGGUGCAAGUUCUAGCUCCCGGCAAAUUUACUUGACAUUUCCGGCCGACAGUACAUUCAAGGAAGAAGAUGUUUCAAAUUACUUUAGUAUGUUUGGACCCGUGCAAGAUGUUCGGAUUCCAUAUCAGCAGAAGCGGAUGUUUGGGUUUGUGACGUUUGUCUACCCGGAGACUGUUAAGCUUAUCCUGGCAAAAGGGAACCCACAUUUUGUGUGUGAUUCUCGUGUGCUUGUCAAGCCUUACAAAGAGAAAGGCAAAGUCCGAGAAAAAAAACAACAGCAGCAGCACUUGGAGAGGGGGGAGUAUUCAGCUUGUUUAAGCCCGUCUGGGGUUGAUUCUAGAGAACCCUUUGAUCAUCUUCCCUUUGGAUCUCGAAUGUUGUUCAGUCCGCAAGAGAUGAUGCUGAGGAGAAAAUUAGAGCAGGAGGCAGAAUUGCAGCAUGCGAUUGAACUUCAAGGUCGAAGAAUGAUGAAUUUACAACUAAUGGACUUGAAGAAUCAAAACCAUAAUCAUCAUUAUCUGCAAAGCAUCCAACCAGGCAUCCCGUAUUCCUCGCCGAGACAGUCUCGGUUGUUGAUGAAUCAACAUGUCACUACUUCCUCGGAUUCCAUCAAUCAAGAAGAGUCGGAAGAUGCCUGCCAAGAAGCAGUUGAUGAGAAGUUGGUGACAGAACGAACCGAAUCUUUCACUAACAACAGAGCAAAUGCUGAUGAAUCUGAUCUCGAAGAAAGCUUGGAGCACAUCCUUCCCGAUAACCUAUUCGCUUCUCCUACGAAACUAGCUGCUGAAAAGCAUUCCGUUUUCUCACAAGCUUCAGCUCCAGCCGACGACACCACACAUGUAACAAUUACAUCCUCUAACAAUACUCCUGUUCUGCCCACCGGCUCUCCUCUCACCAUCGCCUCUCUCAAAUCAUGUUACUUUCAAAUGCCUAGGUUUUCAUCUGGGCAAGAAGCCAUCGAGAUGUAGCAGUUAGCGCCGAUCCCGGCUAGCAAAGCAGGAAUUUAGCUUAGCUUGAAAAGUCUGUGUAGCAUAUACAAAGUAAAAAGGUUGAAUAGCUGUAUGGAGAGACCCACAGCAGCAGAGAAAAGAUCUGUAAGGAAAGAUAUGGAGGAGGAGAUUAUUGUCAUUAUCACCAUACAAGUAUACAUAAUGCAUGCAAAAAAAAGGACAGAGCAAGUUAUUGAUGGGAGUGGGGUUACAUGUAUUUGUUGAUUUUGUACCCUCUCUGUUAGUUGUGUGGGGUGGACCACACUCAACAAUAGCCCAUAUAACAUAAGCUAGCACUAACUCUUUACUCUUAUCAUAGAAUGGAAAUUCACCUCUCUUC